UAGCACUUCUACUUCCGUCGAGUUAAGACGCGCGUUCGAAACCUUCGUCAUCGUUGUUGUCGUUGGUCCCGGUCGGUUGGUGUUUCUGAAGGGACCCCUUCACAUCUUGGUAGAACUCGAUGGUCUGCUGUUUUUUUUUUUCUGUUUCUUCUGUUCAGGGGGGAAACUCAAAUUUCGUCUGGAUUUCUUCGAAUUGAGUUUGCGUGAGGCUCGGUCGGUUAGCUCGCUGGAUUUGCAUGAUUGAAAGUGAUUUUUUUUUUUAUAUUCGGAUUUCUCACCAAAUUUUAUAAUUGGAAAACGGUAGGAAAGUGGCUCAGUGGCUGCAGCAACGUUCUUCCUUUUUGGGUCAUUGAAGAAAAGUGAAACACUUUGUAGGCGGGCGUGUAUGAAGUGGUGGUGGCUCACCGUUGUCUCGUCGGUUUAACCAAGGAGUUAAAAUUUGAUGGAAAUUUUCGAUUUAUCGAUAGACGUGCCAUGCAUUUGUGCAGCAGUAGCAGUCUAGGUGUGAGUCACGUAACGUUACAUAAGGUCUCCGUGGUUGUCGGAAAGUGAAUGGUUGUAGGUUGUAGAAUUCUACGUGUACUAUAGGUACCUAAGUGCGCGACGAUCGUUGAUCGAUUCAUUCAUUGAGAAGUUGGUCGAAAGACACCUACGUACUACGACACGCGGUGACGAGCACACGGACGACGACGGUGGUGAGUGCAGCUGAGUGGUUGUUAUUGAGAGAUCACACGAAUUACCAUCAGCAGAGCAAGGCAGCAACGUGUGAACGGAGCAGCAGAGGGCUGUUUACUUAUUGAGCAUCGCGUCUCGGGGAAGUACGACUAGUGAGAGUGAAACUGUUCGUUCGUUCGUUCGUUCGCGAGUGAUUUGUUUAUUAUUUCCAAAUACGUAUCGUAUCGUAAACAACGCAUUUUGAUUGCUGCAAUCUAACAGUAGCAGUUGUACACUGUAGCUGCCUAAGGAAAGGAGCAGAGAGAUCAAUCAACGAACUUUCGACGAAGCUACUUGAAAGCACCGAUCAAGAUGGGAAUCUUCAGCUUUUAUGGAAUGAGGAUAAAGGUCCCGAAGGAAAAGGACACAAUGACACAAGGAGGAGGCCAGCAACAGAGCGGCGGAACGCCGGAGGACGCAGCCCACCAGCAGAUUCCGAACAUUGCCGGAACGAUCCCGGACGCAAACCACAAGCAGCAACAUCAGCACCAUCAUCAUAUUCAUCAUCAUCAGCAGCAGCAGCAACAACACACACAGUACCUCAACGGUCACCUCCAUCAGCAUGCACAUCUACCUCAGCUGCAUCCGUAUUCGUCGUCGGUAACGGGCGGAAGUACGGGACUGUUGGCCAACAACGGUGGUGGUUCGGCGCCUUCAACGCUGACCAGUGGAGCCAAACUACCCGCCAAAACGUCCCCGAUUGGACCGUCUCCCUUCCGGCAGCUGCUUCCGGUGGCACUCUGCAUCAUCUCGUUCGCGACCGUGCUCAGCAUACUGAUCAUCUACAUGGACACGACAGAAAUUCGACACCAGCAGUUCCGGUUGAACAUGUCCCGCGACUACGACCUGAUGGGCGUUCCCCAGGAUAACCCCGCGCUGGUGAAAUACGUUCGGGACAUUCACAUGAAGAAGUACCCGAUGACCUUCAUGCGCAACGCCAACGUCCCAAUGGAGCAUCUGAACUUUACCAAUCGACACGAACUGACGCCGGAGAUGGCGCACUUCAUUUCCGACCUGUUGGGCAAGAAACGUUUCGGAACGUUCUUCCAAUCGCUAACCGGAAUCAGCGAUUCCAUGAUGACGGCACCGUGGUUAGCGGAAACCAUGAACUGGGGAGGCUACCUGGUGGAACCCGAUCCGCGAAAGUACUUUUCCCUCCGCAAACAGAACGCGUUCCGUCCCAACGUGCAAGUGAUUCAUGCCUGUCUAUCACCGAACACUUACCCCAAGGAGGUUACGCUCCACCACGAUGACGACAGCGAGGUGCGAAUCAACAGCGUGCUGGACGAAGAAACCGAGUGGUUCCACCCACGUGUCAAGUGCUUCCCGGUGUACACGCUGAUGUUGGCUGUGAACAGGACCUCGAUUGAUUUGCUCAGCCUCGGCUGUCAGGGACAGGAACUACAGAUCCUCCAAACCAUUCCGUUCGACCGGGUCCACGUCAAGGUCAUCUCCAUCCAUCUGGUGCACUACUACGAGGAGGACGAAAUGAUCAUCGACGUGGACGAAUAUGUGCAGAACAUCACCCGCUUCCUGCUGAGCAAGUCGUACAAAAUGGUCCACAGCUACGAUCGCAACUUCAUCUACCAGUACGUGAGCGUCAACAGUGGUCUCGGCGCCAGCAUCAGCCGGGUCAAUAGCGUGGUGGGUCCGAGCGAUGGUACCGUGUCCAGUUCGGGUGGCAGCGGUGAAGGAAGUACCAGCACGAGCAGCAGCAGCAGCAGCAGUAUUAGUAAUGUUAAGACCACUAGCAAUAAGAUUAGCAAUAGCGAGAAGGGUGAAGUGGUGCGGAAGAUGGUUACCACAGCUUCGCCGGCUUCCGUAUCCACAGUGAAGAUUGCCGUCGCUGCCGAGAUGCUGCUCGAAGGUGGUAUUGGCACUAGCAGCAGUAGCAUUGUUAGCUCGAUGGUAAACGUAGAACGCGGAGCGAUUGUGGAAGAAGACCUGGAAGAGGAACCGGAGCUGCAACAGCAAGGUUCCAGCUCGCCUCCGAUGGUCAGUUCGCUGUAGUUGGAGCAGCAGGUUGAGAAGUUUGACACGGAAAGCGUCCGCAGUUGCCUUGAUUGUAUGACUUCGAAUUCAAGAAUAAGUUAGUGCGUGCGCGAAUUAGGAUACGAUCUUUUACACGAAACACCGAAGCUACCGAUUCAUCAUUCCAGAAUGGUUUUUUGCUCUCUAUUUUUUCGUCGGUGUGAUGCGUGACGAUGUGGCUGGCGGUCGAUCAGUUUUGUUGUAUGUAGAUAGUGGAGGAAGUUUGGAGGAAAAAUAGGUAGCAUCUAGCCGAAGAAAUCCUAUCACCAAGAACGGGUUCACAUAAUAUGUUCUUUAACCUUACUGGGAGGUUUGUUUCAGUUUUGCAUUUCUUUCAACGCUCUCUGAACGGAAUUGAAACAUACCGAAACGAAUAGGAGAAAGAUUAUAUCGAAAUAUAUUCAUAUUUAUUGAAUUCUAGCAUUUAGGACAAAUAUCAUCUACUUAUUUUCAGAGACGUACAGUUUCGCAGUAACAUUUUAGAAGAUUUUCGAUUGGAGAAACAUGAUUGCUCAAAAAAAAACAAAACAGUUUGAAGAAGAAAGAUUUGAAUUCAUUGUUGGCAAAGGAAAAAUUUGAAUUGUGUUCGAUCAAAGUUUGCUCGAUACUGCCUUCUUUUGGGGCAAAUUUUAGUUUGAACUGAAAUAUCCAUCGUACGCAGAAAACGUACAAUUAUCAUGCAUUUUUGGUUAAGAUUUAGUAGUUAGAGAGCAACUUGAAAUUAAGUUGCUAAUUAGUAUUAUUACUCUGCGUCAAGUAUUGUAUUUUGUUCAAUUUCUUUUAAUGAAGCAAAAAAAAAGUGAAAUUGUAUCGAUUUUAAUCUCUUAUUUUAUCUUCUAAUUACAAAACGAUCCUAUCAUAAACCAUAACAAGAACAAGUGAGAAAACUGAAUUGCUGCGCGGGCAGAUAAUACAGAACCGUGAAUGUAGUUUUAUACAUUUAUCUACUUAAGCGAAACCGGCCCCCGGUUGCGUGGCAGUGAACGAACACAGAAACUGAUUAACUAUUAAGUACCUUUCAUUUUACUGUUGUUAAAAUUACACUGAUAGUAAAGGAAAUACGGCCUGAAGAAGGUUAAGUUUCACUUGAAGAAAUAA